GUGAAGCCUGUGACUCUCACAGUUUGAAGGAACUUAACACUCAGCAUAACUCUACUGAACGGGUUGUACCAUGGCAGAGCCUUUCCUUAGGCACGUCCAGCUUCUUGGAUUUGAGAAAAGAUUCUCUCCCAGCCAGCAUUAUGUAUACAUGUUCAUGGUCAAAUGGCAGGAUCUGACAGAGAAGCUUGUGUCCAGGAAAUAUACAGAAAUUUAUGAAUUCCAUAAAGCACUGAAAGAAAUGUUCCCUAUUGAGUCCGGACAAAUAAACAAAGAACACAGAACAAUCCCUCAUUUGCCAGCACCAAAAUGGUUUGAUGGCCUGAAGUCCACAGAGAACCGACAAGUCACCCUGGCGGAUUAUUGCUCAUCCCUACUCAGCCUUCCACCUAAGAUAUCUCGUUGCCCCCAUGUUCUCAACUUUUUCAAGGUCAGACCUGAUGAUGAAAACCCCACAGCAAGCAGCAAUGGUCGCAAGCCUGAAACUUUCUUGUUGAAGACAGAUAGCAGCAAGAAAAAUGUGUCUGACAUAACAGGUCCUAUUAUUCUGCAAUCAUAUCGCGCCAUUGCAGACUAUGAGAAGAAUUCCAAAAAUGAGCUGUCUGUAAAGACUGAUGAUGUUGUCGAUGUGGUGGAAAAAAAGGAAAAUGGUUGGUGGUUUUGUCAGAUGAAAAACAAGAGGGGAUGGUUUCCAGCUGCUUAUCUUGAACCACUAGAUAGCCCCGAUGAGCCUGAAGAUCAAGAACCAAAUUAUGAAGGUGAACUGCAUGUCACCAUAAAAGAGUACAUAGGAGAGUUAGAGGAUGAACUGUCCAUACAAGAAGGGGAAAGUGUGGAAGUCAUCCACAAGCUUCUUGAUGGUUGGUGGGUUGUGAGGAAAGGCAGCAAAACUGGUUACUUCCCUGCAAUAUACCUCCAAAAGUCUGGAGAUGCCAUUUCUGCAGGAGGGAGUCAGACAAAGGGCCUGCCACCCCGGAGGAGAACAAUUUCCAAUGCUAAUAGUAUCCACAAGAAAAAACGUAAAGAAAUUAGCCAAGACUCGUACAGAAGGAACAGCACGAAGUAUCUAAAACAGCGUCAAUCUAUUACUGAAGCUAUGAUAUCUAUGACCAUUGAGGAACAAAAGGAGAUGGAAACGACAGCUAAAGCUGAACCAGCAAUCCCACCAAGACCAAGUAAAGAACUCAUCCUCGACAAAUGUUCAGAUCAUACAAAGAACAAGAUCAAAACAGUCAAUUAAUAACAUUUAUGCUAGCAGAGCUAGUUGGGAUUGACACUCAGCAGUGAUAGAAAGAACAGUCGCUACAGAUAAAGAGAGAUUGAUUAGAAAUCUCAUGUGAACUUUGUUUCAUUUCUGUUUUCUUUAUUUAAAGGGAACCUGUCACCUCCAAAAG